GCUAAUUCCUUCUUCCAUCAGUUCCGGGCAGCACAUCAGGACCGUCAAAACCAAAAUCGAUGGUCAGAAGCUUGCCCCAGCUAUAAAUCGGGCAGAUCCGUUGCCCUAUAAAAAUUGACACGAUAGCAACCUUCCUUUCUCACUCGCCUCGUGAGGAAGAGGGCCUUCAAAUUGAAACCCUCGCCUCAUCCUCCCCCUUCAAUUUUUCUCCGGCGACCACUCUUUCCGUUCACCGCUCCUAUGGCUUCCCGCCAUUUUCUCGCCGGAGAUUAGAAUAGCAUUUUGAUUCAACAGUGCCCCUUCUUUGCUGUCUGUUUUGAUCGUCAUUGUGAUUUCUAUGGCAUCUGCCUUUUUACAUAGCAGGAAUGAAACACGCUCGAGUGAUAUAAGUAAAUUCACUAACAAUAGUAAGCUUAAUUUCACCAGAUUAGAGAAUAUCAUAAGUCCUAAUCCUAACCCUAACCCUAACCCUAACCCUAACCAUUUCUUCAUCGGUAACACCAGCAGAGAUGUUAUUUGGAAAAAUCGUGAACAGAGGCCGUCUGCUGCUCCUCCAGGAGUCGCGUUUACCGGUUCAUCGAUCAAUUCCGCGCCGGUGAACUCCUAUGGCUACAGGUACAUAACUUUUCGUCUUAGUUCGUACACUAGAAGAGAGCUCAAAGAGCUCAAAAAACGGUUAAUCUCGGAUCUAGAACGGGUACGGGCUCUCAGGCAUUGGGUGUGUUCAACGCCGGUACCUAAAAAGAAUUAUCAUCCACCGCAGCUGGAGUUACCAACGGCUCCAGAAGUUGCUUUGAAAGGGAAAGAACGCCAAAAGAGCGCGGUAGGCCAGAAACGGACUAAGCCGGCUCCGUCGAUCAGAGAUACGAAGAAGCACUGUGGCCGUGUAAAGAACAAUGUGCAGAGGAGUAAGGUGGUGAUGAGGAAAUGUGGUCAAAUUUUAGCGAAGCUGAUGAAGCACAAGCAUGGUUGGGUUUUCAAUGCUCCAGUUGAUGCGGCUGCCUUGAAGCUCUAUGAUUAUCAUACCAUUAUUACUAACCCCAUGGAUCUUGGAACCAUUAAAUCAAAGCUUGCUAAAAAUGAGUAUGAUUCUCCCCUUGCUUUUGCAUCAGACGUAAGAUUGACAUUCCAAAAUGCCAUGGUUUAUAACGGCAAGGGUUCUGGUGUUUUCCUGAUGGCUGAGCGUCUUCUCUUGCUUUUCGAAGACAUGUUUAAUCAAACUCCUCAGAAAACUUUGGGAAAUCAAGCGAAGAAGCAAAAUCGUUCUGCCAAAGUACCUGUUUUAGUGGAAAAACCAGUUUCAGAUGCAGCUGCUGUUGAAUUGGAGAUACCAGUGUCUAAUGUGACAACAUCGAAUCAUGUGGCUCCUCAAGUGGCUGUACUCAAGAAGUCUGCUAUUUUGGGGAAGCCAAUGCCAAUAAGUAGGGAUGCAAACAAGCUGGUGAUGACAGCAGAGAAGAAAUCAGAGCUGGCAGCAAGCUUACUGAAUUUGCAAUUAGGGCCAGAAGGGAUGGAUCAGAUAAUGGGUAUCAUAAAGAAGGGGGUUUUGGGUGUGGAACAAGAAGGAGAUGAAAUAGAGCUAGAUCUUGGGGUUCUUGAUGAUGAGACGCUUUGGGAGCUGCAUAGCUUCAUUGGUAGCUCCUGCAAGAAAGCUUCCACAACUUCUAACAUGAACACUAACUUGGUUUCUUGUGUACAGGCUAACAAUUGUGCAGGUAGUAAGGAAGUUAUGAUGGAAGAAGAGGGCAGGAAAAGGGCAAGGGAUGGUGGAGAGGAGGAUAUUGACAUAGGAGAAGAGGAGAUGGCAGUAAGCAAUUUCCCAUGUGUGGAGAUAGAGAAGGAUGGUGUUAAUGGUAGUAGUAGCUGUAGCAGUUCAAGUGAUUCCUCCUCUUCAUCUAGUGAUUCUGGUUCUUCUUCAUCUUCUUCAGGGAAUGGAUGUAAUGAAGAGGAGUAAUAGAUGUUGAAUAUGAGUUUUUGGGGGGUAAAGAUGGUUUUUGAUUGGAGAUAUGUAAAGAAAGAGUUAGGUAAUGAAAGCUUGAAUAGAAGAAGUUAAGGAAGGAAUGUAGUAAUGAAAAAUAUGUAAAUAGUGGAAGUAUGUUAAUGAAAACAUUUUGUGGGUGAGAUUAUAUGCUUGGUUUUCUUCUUAACUCUUCUUUCUGUAACGGGUGCUGACUAAUCUCUGAACGACGACAACGAAUCAGUGAGUAAUCUCGGGACGACAAUGAAUGAGGUGGAGUUAGCGGUGAGGCUCUUGGGCACAUGGUGAUGCUAGAUCUGAAGAAAUAUAAAAGGUGCUGAAAACUGUCAUCUGUUUGGGUUCCUGAAAAGGUAAAGAAAGCUGUUAAACGUUUCAGAUCUAUCUACCAAAGCUUACAAAAAUGCAUUGGUUAAUGGUCCUGAGGAUUGGUGGUGGAUGAGAGUAGGCAAGUAAAGAAUUGAGUUAGAGAAUGAUACCAAUACCAGUACCAAGUACCAAGAGUGGGUGUGGGUAGCAGAUGACCAUCAUCUUGUUUCUUGUUUCUUGAGAGAUU